UGUCCAUGAUUUUGACAUAUCGGAAAGAUCUGUUGGAGGAAAGAAGUCUCACAAGUCUGCCCAUUGUAUUGCAUGUGAUGCUAAGGCUUUGGAAGGAAAGAAGCUAUGUGGUACUUGCUUGUCCGAAGCAGCUUGUUCUCCUAAGGAUCCAUCUCCAGAGAUUACGAAGUGGAUUCAGAUGGCAGUAGAUAAGUCCAUAGAACAGCAGAGAGCUAAUAAGAGGCCAAGAACAACUUCUCAUAGAGAUAGAGAAGAUUCAGAUUCCGAUGCCUCAUUUGUGGAAGCUCAGUCGGGGGAAGGUGAAGAGAUGUAUUCCUCAGAAAUUUGGACUUAG